AUGGACUCGGAAGACGACGAGUUGAUGAAUGAGACUCAGUUUCGAUUUCAACCUCGACGGAGUUCUCGCUCCCUAUUGCGGUUCUCAUCCUCCUUGGGCAGCAUCGGCGAUGAAGAGAAUCCUCGUCGCUCCGUCAACUUUUCCCCCUUCUAUCAGGUCGUUGGAAAUGAACCGGAAGAUCGGGACUUGGGUCUCACGAGACUAGAUCAGUCGUUGGAUGCUACCGGUAGCGCUAGUAUUAUAGCAGAACAAGUAGUAGAAGAGGGAGAUGAAGAACAAGAUGGGAGUCAGAGGGAGAUGGACGUAGGAUCUACACAGUCUCCCAUUUACGACAGGGGCCAAUCCGUGUGCAGCUACUCGUCCUACCUGUAUCAUCCUGAAGAAGAAGAAGGAAAAGAAGAUGAAGUGGAUGUCGACCAAUUUGAAGAGGCUCUCACGGAAUACGAUGAUCUACCUUAUGCUACCAGGUCAAUCACAACAUACAAUACCUACAAGUCCUCUACUACUAGCGGUAGUAGUAGGUACAACAACAACAACAAUCACAACAACAAUCACCCCAUGGAAAUGAGUGAAACCAGCUUUAGUGUCAUGGAACUGCUUCUAGGGAGAACAGCGGCAGCUGCAGCAGCUGGACCACCACCUGCGAAUGCCACCACCAGUGAUGAUGAAGAAGAAGAAGAUGAUGAUGUUUCUACCGUUCCAGAAGAUGAAUACAUGUCGUCACAAGAAGAAGAACAAGAAGAAGGGAGGCUUACACCACCACCACCACCACCACCACCAGACACUGACAAGAAGGGCGACAACAACAAAAACGAACUCAACGAGGGGGAACUAGAAGAUGUAUCCUUAGGGGAUGACAUUUACAAUCAACAACAAGAAGAAGAAAUGUCCACCAGUGAAGUUAGUGAAGGAGCCAGUACGGUUGACUUGGCGGAGAAAAAGGAACAGCAAAUCAAACGGUCGUUUCUAUAUGGCAUCUUGAUGGCCUGUGGUGUCAUUGCCUUGUUGAAACUUAUUACCAAAAUAGUUCAGUGCUGCAACAAGGGAAGAGACAGUGGUGGACCCGAUGGAACCACAGAGGGAGCCGACCAGUCGGCCCACUUUACACAACAACAGCAAUCCAUGUCCAACUUGGCACAACAGCAAUCCAUGUCCAACCUGGCCGUCAAUAACACGGCAUUUGCCGCACAGGGUGCACAUGGAGCGACGGCGACGGCUGCCACACAGCAAGCUGCCGUUGCAGCGGCACAAGGGGCCGCCGCUGCAACAGCGACCGGGACCGCCACGGCAGUAGGGGUAGCUACAGCGACGACUUCGGGGUUCGUUGCCGCCGUGGCAGGGGCAUCCUUUGGGGUACAAGUGGGAGCCGCAGUGGGAACGGCUACUGCGGUUGUCGUCGCCACUGCGGCCGCCGCAUCGAUCGCUACUGGCUCUACUGGAGAUGCUACGGCAACUACAAAUCUUACGAGUGCCUUCUCUUUCAAUGGGACCAAUCUGACCGACUUUCUGAUCCCAUCAACAGCGACCUCUGAUCCUUUCAACAUGACCAACAGCAGCACGGCAAAUGUGACGUUUGACGUGCCAGAGCUGCAGCCAUUCUUGGAUGAAACGAAUGCCGUCGUCGAUCCACCAGAUCAUGUCGUCUUUGUCAAUGAUACGUGUCUUGUCAACGGACAACCGGGACAAGUCAGAGAAGGACGGGUCAACAUGGUACUGGCAAACCUGCCGGAAGAGGUAAUACUCCAAGAUGCCGGCAUUCUGUCGUCCUUGUGGAAGUCCGCGUACAAUGGUCUCUCCAAUGGUUGCAAUGGCACCUAUCAUCGGAUUGUACAGAACGUAUCCCUCACGGAUUACAACUAUGUGUAUCGAGCCGCUGCACCUGGCGGUUCACAGGAAGCCGUUGUCUAUACUUGGACGGAAUGGGUUGGCUCGUUGACAUGUCAUGAUUGCCCACCCGAAGAACCGUUCUUUACGGUUCGACCCGAAGAUAUGACCGCUGGAGCUGAUGCUAAUGGGGUCGCUAUCAGUACAGAGACUGCAAAGCGUGUACGACGAGGGCUCAAUCAAGUCAUGGACGAGUUUGUCUUUUUCGAACUCUUCUGUGAACUCUUUGUCCUCGAAGUCAAUGCACUCUUUCCGUCGCUAGAGCAGCCUGUCACUCUGGUGUAUGGAUCCGCCGUCGAUGAUCAAUCCAGAGCGGCUUUGGAGUAUGAUCCACAGGUCCAAGCUCAGAAUGCUCCCACCACGGCAAGUCCAACAACGCUACAGCCUACUCCUGGGGCGACUGUGUUGACGACACCCGGCUUUCAGCUUUUGGUAACACCCAAACCGACACCAACUCCAUACCCAACAAGGGCGCCAACCUCGCCUGAACCUUCUAUGCCACGUCCCACCACGUUAUCGCCGACUGCUCGAUUUCCGACCACACCAGCACCUAAUACGCAAGCGCCUACACCUACGUCACCGUUCACGCAAGCUCCCUCCACCACAAUGCCAUCGACAUUGCCCCCGACCACUGCUUCUCCAAGUACUGGCUUGCCAACAACGACUUCACCCACGAGUGCGCCUACUACAGCCAGUCCAUCUACGGGGACCCCCACUGUGACAGCAGGACAGCCAAGUGCCGCGCCGACAACAGCACGACCAACCACUGCUGUCCCAACCACAAGCUCUCCAACUACCAUCGCUCCUACAUCGCUUGCGCCGACGACGCUUGCUCCCGCCACGGCAUCGCCUACACGGGGAUAUGGUACAGCUAGUUCCAUGCAGUUGCCACCCGCUGCUGCCCCCGCCGCUGACAAACCAACAACAGCCAACCCGACUACAGGCAAUCCAACCAGCGUGUCACCUUCGACACAAGGUCCCACGACGGGCACCCCAACAGUCACAUCUGGCAAGCCCAGUGCGGCACCAACAACUGCUGGACCCACGACGAUUAGCCCAACGACUAAUCGUCCAACCACGAGCUCUCCAUCUACAAGAAGUCCCAGCACAUUGUCUCCCACCACCGACACUCCAACAACUCUUUCCCCUUCCACUCAAAUGCCCUCCACCGCGAAUCCAACUGUACUCCCAACGACUCUCAGCCCAACUGUUACCGCCGGGGCUCCCAGCGCGACACCAACAACACGAAACCCAACUCGAAUGCCUUCUCGAGCACCAACAACUCAGCCUUCGGGAUCUCCCUCAUCUCAUCCCAGCUCUCUGCCCAGUGCCAACCCAUCAAAGUAUCCUUCACAGCAUCCUUCUUCAAACCCAUCACGCCAGCCUACGCCUGCUCCCACAGGAAGCCCCACCACGUUAGCAAGUUUCUGCGGUAUGACUACAGUUACUGCAACUUAUUUCAUGGGAUUUGAUAGUGACGUCUCCAUGCUUAGCGACUCUGUACUAGUGACAGCUUUCAAGACGGCGUACGACUUUGUCUCGCAAGUCACGUGCUCUGCCGUAAUGAUUGAUGCCUCGGUGACAAACAGACAUCUACAGGCUGGGACAACCCAGAUUGAGUUCCUCGUGACUACAAACGAGACAAGCACUUCACCAUUUCUGUCCACCACAGCUGACAAUGCUGAUUUUGUCUUGGCAUAUGCCGGAUUGACUGGUACUUUGGCAGUUUACUUGAGAGAUACUCUCACAACCGUCUCGCCAACUACAGCAAGCCCCACAACUGCAAGUCCUAGUACCGGAAUCCCAACCACUGAAAGCCCCACCACGGGCGCACCAUCCGCAGCCCCCAUAACAGCAAAUCCCACUACUUUGGGCCCAACAGUGACUGCUGGAAGCCCUAGUGCCUCUCCAACUACCGCAAACCCAACAACGAGCACUCCCUCUCAGGCACCAACUAGAGCUCCAACAACAGCAGCUCCGACGAAAGCUCCAACUAAGCCGCCGACGUUCGCACCAACAAAGGUGCCAACAGGGAUCCCACAGUGGCUCCGACCAAGCAGCCAACUUCAGCACCAACCACAAUGCACCCACCACAGCAAGUCCCACAACACUAGGUCCUACAGUGACCUCGGGUAG